AUGUCACACUCUCCUGAGGAGCUCCAGGGGAUCGCCAUUGCAGGGCGAGUCUCUUCAGUUCUCUCCAUUCUGGGUUCAUUCACCAUAAUUGGUGCCUUUUCCCUUUCUCGGCACUUCCGGAGUCCUAUUCAUCGUAUAAUAUUUUUCAAUUCCUUCUAUAAUCUGUUCGACUCUGUCGCUACGAUGAUAUCCACUAGUGGACCUGCAGCUGGAGAUACUUCAUCGCUAUGUCAAUUCCAAGGCUUUGCUCUUCAAAUGUAUGCAAAGCUGACCAAAGAAAAAUAUAGGUUUCCAGUAGCUGACGUGCUCUGGACAUUCGCAAUGGCCUUGGAUACAUACUUGGUUGUCUUCCAUCAUUUCGAUACUCAAUCUUUGCGCAAGCUCGAAUUCAAAUACCUUGGUGUUAUUACUAUACUCUCGUUCAUCCCUGCCUUUGUCUUCCUCUUCAUCCGUGAUCAUGAGAAAGGUGCUAUAUAUGGUGACGAGACCAUCUGGUGCUCAGUAUCUCGCAAUUGGAUGAUCCUCCGCAUAAUCUUCUAUUAUGCACCCGUAUGGCUGAUAAUAGUCAUCGUCCUAAUACUAUAUUGUCUCAUCGGUAUCGAGAUAACCAGAGUCCGCGACGAGUUCGAAUUGAGCAAUAGCGAUCAUAUCGCUCUGACCUCUGGCAAUUCUGCCAGCAGCGUCACGACAACCGUGGAAGCGAAUUCUCGGAAAAAACCCGGUUUCACCCCAGAAUCUACUAUAACAAGCGAUGCCACGGAACAAAAUACGUUCCAGCGUACGUCUCCAUCCAGGAAAGCCCCGACCACUUAUCAAACUCCGACACAGAGACGUGUGUCGCUGAGACAAUAUGUGAUCAUGCCAUCGCUUUUCUUCCUUGCGAUGUUAGCAACAUGGAUUGCACCUACCAUCAACCGUAUCUCGGAAUUCGUGCAUCAUAAGCAUGGAACCUAUUCACUUCUGCUCUCUGUGAGUACGUUGGGGUCCCUGCGUGGGUUUUGGAAUGGUGUUAUUUUCAUAACUAUCGGUAUGAAAGGGUGGAAGAGACGAGCUUCGGAGAGGAGAAUGGCUCUUAGACAGGUAAGAUUGUUAUUAGAAAUGGUCGUGGGUGACGUGGAUCUCAUGGCGCGUUCGUUCUACAUGUUGUAAAUGAUACCCUAGUUAUUUUAUAAAAUAGAAUUCUG